AUGACUGCCCACCAGCCUUUGUGCCCAGAAAGUCCAAAGCCCAGGGAUAAAAAAUGGUUUGGCGAGUGGGUGACAAAUGAGAACAUGCCGCUCCGAGUGACAGCUCCGGGCAUCCUCAGUAUAGGCCUGGCUGUCUGGGAAUCCGGAACGGAUUAUGACGGAAACCACGCGUCUGCUGAUGAUACGAAGCUGCAUUGCUGGUUGCUGGGUUCAACAGGUCUUUCGGGGAUGACGUGGCUGAAGUUCGUGAAAGCGAAGCCAGUAAGAACGAGUUAGCUUCACCUGCAGUUGAUCCGGACCUGGAAACAGAAACCAGUGAGGAAGGACAGCUGAGUAAAAGGCCAGUAUUGAAGCACUGCUGUAGUUGUUGAUGAAUCGUGGAAUUUUAUGCAGCAGUGUUCCCCGAUCAGUGGUCCGGGGACUAGUGCCGGUCUAUGGAAGAUUUUUGCUGGUCUGGGGGAGAUUUUCUGCAGCAGAAUGACUUCAUCAGAAGUAGCAAUUAAGUAUGUUAUCUUUUUCUGAAAUGUUGUAAAAAUAAUGGCAGUUGAUAUAAUCUGAUGAGAAAAAAGUUUGCUUUCCUCUGAACACUUCAGCCAAAUUUUCUUAUACGGAAAUAAUUAAUUUUAAUUUUUUGAUUCCAUAAAGCCCUCUUCAAGUGCACCUUCCUAAGUUUUUUGGAGACUUCUCACUUUAUAGCUGCUGCAUUGGUUCUCCUUUGUUGAAAUAAAAGCUGAAAAUUUUCUUAUACCUGUGGUAAGCCUUCGACGAGAAAAUUUUGGGGUCUAAAAACAUUUUAUGAAAUUUUGCUGGUCUGCAGAUGAAUUUUGGGGACUUUGCUGGUCUACAGGGGAUGAAAUGAAAAUUCGCCAGUCCCUGGCCCCAAAAAGUUGAACCUUGACAAGUUAAACCUUGGAGUUACAUCCUCUGGCACGGAAACAUAUUUUUCUGGAAAAUUUUGCAAAAGUCACCCUGGCAUCUCUGCUCUGGACUCGAAAGAUGAGGCUCACAUCUGGCGGAUUUUUUUUUUUAUGCCAGAAACUCCUCCAAUAUUCUUGAAAUAGACUUGGCAUCAAUUCAAAUUCUGCCGGGUUUUCUUUGGAAGCUGACUGCCAUGGAUGGUGAAAGGGGCGUUGGAAAACUGCUGUGGCCCAGGACUUCAUCAGUGAUGGUGGAUUCGGUGAGGAUGAGUCAUGAAGUUGUUUCGAGGAAUUGGAACACCUGGAUUUGACUCUUGUCAGGGUUUUCGAAAAACUCAGCCAACUAAAGGUAUUU